CCCACAGCGCUGGCGGGGGCUGUCAGGCCGGGUCGAGUCGAGUCCACUCGGCCCGUUCCUGCCAGGUGGGCCCACCAGUCGGUGUCUGCUUGCCCACAUCGCCCGUCCGUCCAUGUCCACGAAGCGAUCCCAGCCGUCCGAUCGGCCCGCCUUCCCCUGCUCGCCUUCUCGUAUCCCCCGCCGCCGGCUAUAAAUAUUCUCCUCCCUUCCCGAGCCCACCGUCCCCGAGCAGAUAAGAUCGCGCGCGGCGAGGUGAGAAAAAAAAAAUCAGAGAGAGAUCGAUCCAACCCUAGCCCUAGCAGUUGGGGUCUCAGCGAUGGCGGCGGCGGCGAGGCAGCGGGGGACGGUGAAGUGGUUCAACGACACGAAGGGGUUCGGCUUUAUCUCCCCCGAGGACGGCAGCGAGGACCUCUUCGUCCAUCAAUCCUCCAUCAAGUCUGAGGGCUUCCGCUCCCUCGCCGAGGGCGAGGAGGUCGAGUUCACCGUCUCCGAGGGCGACGACGGCCGCACCAAGGCCGUCGACGUCACCGGCCCCGACGGAUCCUUCGUCAAGGGCGGCGGCGGUGGCGGCGGAGGGGGCUUCGGCUCCCGCGGCGGGGGCGGAUCUGGCGGAGGCGGCCGCAGCUACGGCGGUAGCUGGGGCGGCGGGAGGAGAUCCGGCGGCGGCGGCGGCCCUGGCGCGUGCUACAAGUGUGGCGAGCCGGGCCACAUGGCCAGGGAGUGCCCCAGCGCUGACGGCGGAGGCGGUGGUUAUGGCGGCGGAGGUUAUGGUGGCGGAGGUGGUGGUUAUGGUGGCGGAGGUGGUGGUUAUGGAGGCGGAGGUGGUGGUUAUGGCGGCGGCGGCGGUGGAGGCGGUUGCUUCAAGUGUGGUGAGCCUGGCCACCUGGCCAGGGACUGCUUCGCCAGCGGCGGUGCCGGAGGAGGAGGAGGAGGCGGCGGCGGCGGCGGCGCCUGCUACAACUGCGGCCAGACCGGCCACAUGGCGAGGGACUGCUACAACAACUCCGGCGGCGGCGGUGGCGGCGGGAGGUUCGGCGGCGGCGGCGGCGGCGGCGGCGACCGCUCGUGCUACAACUGCGGCGAGGCCGGCCACCUCGCCCGCGACUGCCCCGCGUGAUGGAUCACCUGGUCUCUAUAGAUCUCGCCUAAAUCUCUCUGUCUUCGGAGUAUUGCUUUAGUUUUGCCGAUCUGGGUUGGAGCGCCUGCCCUCCUUCCUAUAAUAGGAGGCUCCUUUUUACUCUUUUACUUUUGUUCUGGGAUUUGGUUCGUUGGGAACUACUUGUCAUCGUGUGGUGCUUUUGCUAUGAGUGAGUUGGUCUCGUCGUCGUUAAGGUUAAGAAGAAGAAGAAGAAGAAGAAGAAGAAGAAGAAGAGGUGAGAUGGAUUGAUUUUCUGUGGUGAGGAGAUGACAAAUCUUCCUCCUUUUUGUGGUUUGCUCCAGAUGAAAAAGACGAUUAUUAUCCGCCAUUAA